CACAAAUUCCCCACAAGGUGGAGUCUGAGCAGAAGUGCCUUGAAUUUCUCACUCUGAGGUCUGGUCUAGAAGUCUGUAAGGAACCCUUAAGAGCGUUGUUUGGUGUGUGUGUGUUUAAAAAACACCGGGAGCUGUGAACAAACCCCAUCAGAUUGCCGAGAACAACUUGUAAUGGAGCCUUUACCUCUUGAGUUACCAGCUGACACCGUGCAACGCGUGGCAUCUGAACUUCGAUGUCUCCCUACAGAUGAGAGGGUCGCCCUCCGUCUCGAUGAGGAAGAUAAGCUGAGGCACUUCAGGGAGUAUUUUCAUAUUCCCAAAACGCAGGAUCUCCCUCCAAUUGACUUAUCAUUAGUGAAUAAGGAUGAAAAUGCCAUCUAUUUCUUGGGAAAUUCUCUUGGCCUUCAACCAAAAAUGGUUAAAACAUAUCUGGAAGAAGAACUAGAUAAGUGGGCCAAAAUGGGAGCCUAUGGCCAUGACACAGGGAAACGACCGUGGAUCACAGGAGAUGAAACUAUUGCAGGUCUUAUGACUGACAUUGUCGGAGCCAAUGAGAAAGAAAUCGUCCUAAUGAAUGCCUUGACUGUUAAUUUGCAUCUUCUACUGUUAUCGUUUUUUAAGCCGACACAAAAACGGUACAAAAUUCUUCUUGAAGCCAAAGCCUUCCCUUCAGAUCAUUAUGCUAUUGAAUCACAGCUUCAACUUCAUGGACUCAACACUGAGAAAAGUAUGCGGAUUGUAAAGCCAAGAGAGGGGGAAGAAACCUUGAGGACAGAAGACAUCCUUGAAGUAAUUGAGAAGGAGGGAGACUCUGUUGCAGUGAUCCUGUUCAGUGGGGUGCAUUACUAUACUGGACAGCACUUCAAUAUGCCCGCCAUCACAGAAGCCGGACAAGCAAAGGGUUGUCUUGUUGGCUUUGAUCUUGCGCAUGCAGUUGGAAACGUUGAACUCCACUUACAUGACUGGGGAGUUGACUUUGCCUGCUGGUGCUCCUACAAGUAUUUAAAUUCAGGAGCUGGAGGUCUCGCUGGUGCCUUUGUCCAUGAAAAGCAUGCCCAUACAAUUAAACCUGCGUUAGUGGGAUGGUUUGGUCAUGAACUCAGCACCAGAUUUAAAAUGGAUAACAAAUUGCAGUUAAUCCCUGGAGCCAAUGGAUUUAGAAUUUCAAAUCCUCCCAUAUUGUUGGUCUGUCCUUUGCAUGCUAGUUUAGAGAUCUUUAAGAAAGCAACCAUGAAAGCACUGAGAAGAAAGUCUGUUUUGCUCACGGGUUACCUGGAAUACCUGAUCAAGCACUACUAUGGCAAAGAGAAAGCAGAAACCAAGACACCAGUGGUGAACGUAAUCACUCCAUCCCGUAUAGAGGAACGCGGCUGCCAGCUAACAUUAACAUUUUCCGUUCCAAUAAAAUCUAUAUAUCAAGAACUAGAAAAAAGAGGAGUGGUUUGUGACAAGCGGGAACCCAGUGGCAUCCGAGUGGCUCCGGUUCCUCUCUACAAUUCUUUCCACGAUGUUUAUAAAUUUAUCAAUCUGCUCAAUUCUGCACUUGAGGCUGCAGAACGAAAACAUAACAGUGUUUAGAACAAAUUAAGCAAACUGAAAGCUGCUGUGAUUAUUUUAUGAUUUUUAUUCAAGUUUUAAUCAUUAGAAAUGUUAAAAAACUAAUUACACCUAACUGGCAAUGAAUUGCAUACUUUACAAAAAAAUCUGGGAUAAUUCUUUUAGGAGUCAAUGUUCCUGAGGAAUCUAAAUGUCUAUCCAAUUUCUUGGUGUUUUGUGAAUCAAGGUUUUCAUUGGUCUAAGUAUUAUGUACAGAGUCUUGGUUAGCUGUUACAGUUCAUGGCCAGUGAAAUAUUGUUACUGGUUUAAUUUCUCAUUGACUGACAAUUUCAUAAUAUAUGUGAAAUUUUUGUGUCAAUUUUCUAAAUAUCACUUUCGCUUAAAUUACCCAAAGACUUUCUUAUACGCACUAUAGUUGAACCAUCUGAUAUAUGUAUGAUUUGGGGAUAUUCUAUCCAGCUCCAAUCCAAGGAACAGAAAAAAAAAUUUCUAGAGCAAUGGCUUUCAAAUAUUUUUGGCCACAAUCCAUAUUAAGAAAUAUAUCUAAAAACAGAGACCUACAUUUAUGUGUGGAUAGGCCUUAUUUUAACACACAAUUUUUAACAAUAUUUUAACAUCUGUGAAAGAAAAGUCUAUCAAUUUUCAAUCAACUGCUUCUUAUAAUUGCCAUUGGUCAUUCUUUUUCAUUACCAUCCCUGACAUUAGCAUGCUUCUCACAAUGAAUAGAAAGCACCUUAGGUUGAAUUAAAAGUGGUAUAUAUAGCAAAAACCAAAGGUUCAUGAAUUAUUUACCUGUACUCUGAUAUUUAUUAUUCUGUUUUAUCUUAUUACAACAAAUGUUGGUUGAAACUUGUUGGUUGAAAUUGAUUUCUCCACCCAUUCUUGGGCCCUAAAUCACUUUUCAAGGAUAUCCCUUUAUAUAAUGUUAUCAUAAUUUCUCCUUUUUUUAAUGGCAACUUCCCUGGAUGAAAGACAUUGGAUGUUACUCUACCGCUAAAAUAGCGAAAGAAAUCACUCCAUGAUGCUGGCAGUUGAGUGUUAGAAUUAAGAAAUGAUGCCUCAUCUCUUAACCUCUAUUCCAAAUCUUAUCCUCUAUGAAAGCUAGAGUUGUACUCUGCCCUGUUGGAUGUCCCUAGUUUUUAGCUGUUGAUACCAUAAUCACUAUUCACGGGUUGACAAACUUCUACAUUUGUAUAUAUUCACAGCAAGAAAGAGUGACUAUGACAUAAUUAUUUCCAUAUUGAAACAAAUUUGAAUGAAAUUAACUUGGACAACCACUUGGAUGUUAGAGUUAAAUAAAAAGAUGCAUAAUUCUAACAAUACCAGCAAGUAGUGAUGUCUAUCAAGAAUGAACUAUGUAUUGUGCUGCUCUCUUUAUGUUAUCUUAGUUGAGUGGCUGCAUAAUUGCUUUAGUAAAGAUUCCCACUCCAGCUUUUGGAAAAAUUUAUCUUCACAGAUGGGAAAGUUCUCAAAACCUUAAACCUCAACCAUAUACAACCUUAUGUGGAAGAAACUAUCUUUCAACCUCGCUGUGGUAAACAAAGCAGACAUGGUUUCAGCUGUCAGGGAACACGUUUCAGCUUAGUGGGAAAAACAGACAAUAAUCAUAAACACCUAGGUAAAUAGAUCAUUACAAACUGUGACCUCUACAAAAGACAAACAGAUGACACUACGCAAGAAAAAUCUCAUGGGUAUUAAUUAGGCAGUUGCAUAAAGGAAGGUGUAUGAAAAUACUUAUACGCUUAAGUUCUAAAAUAUUUCAUGCUAAUAAUGUUAAAACUACAUCAAAUUAUAUAUACAAAUCAUGUAAAGCAUGAUCAGCACUAUGUCCUUAUUAAGAAACAGAGCAUUAGAAAUUCCCUUUCUCCCAGCUUGCAUUCGCCCCCUUCCCUAAUCCAGAAAUAAUAAUAAUUAUCAUUUUUAAACAUAUCUUUAUUGAUUUCAGAAAAGAAGGGACAGAUAGAAACAUCAAUGAGAGAGAAUCAUUGAUCGGUUGCCUCUUGAUUGCCCUACACUGGGGAUCGAGCCCACAGCCCAGUAAUCAAACUGUGAUCUCCUGGUUCAAAGGUCAAUGUUCAACCCCUGAGCCAUACAGGCUAGGGCAGAGAUAAUUAUUGAAUUAUAAUUUGUAUUAAUCAUAUCCUUAUUUACUUUAAAGUUUUACACCUAUAUAUGUACUCAUAAAAAUAUAUUAGCUAAUUUUGCUUGUGUGUGGGCUUUGCAUAAAGGUAGUGUAUAUACUUCUGCUUCUAUGGUUUGACAUUUUUUUUUAUACUUAUUUGUUGUAUAUUCUGUUUUCAUCCAUUUUCAUUGUUGCUCGGUAUUCUCUUCUAUAAUUGGAAUUAUUACUUCAUUCUACAACAACUAAUGAAUGUUUGUGUUGUUCCAGAUUUUUUUAAUAUCGUAACAACGCACCUAUGAACAUUCU